GUGUGUGUUUAGACUUGAAGGAGAUCGCCUCGCUUAUCGAGGGCGGUUCCUGCUCCAAGGACGUCCGCCGCAUUGCUCGUGCUGUUCACCUCACGGUUGGGCUGAGGCCAAAGCUAACGGCACCUCUGCUCUCUGCAUUUAUUGAUUUCGCGCUGCCUGUAGGUUCUGAAGCUCAUUCCAGAUUAUCUACUUAUCUUCGCAAGGAAGAUGAGCGUGAGAUGGAAGUUGAUUCUGCAACAUCAGCCUGGCAGACUCCAACAAAGCUUCCAUUGCCAGAGAUUGAGAUAUACUGCUAUUUGCUUGUUCUUCUUUUUCUUAUUGAUCAUAAAAAAUAUGAUGAGGCUAAAGCCUGUGCUUCAGCAAGUAUUGUUCAGCUCAAGAACCUAAACAGAAGAACUCUUGAUGUUCUAGCAUCUAGACUCUACUUCUAUUACUCAUAUAGCUAUGAGCUCGCAGGUGAUCUUGCUGAAAUUCAGGGCACCCUCCUUGCCUUGCAUCAUAUUGCUACAUAGCAUCAUGAUGAACUUGGUCAGGAAACACUUCUCAACUUGUUGUUGCACAAUUACCUCCACUACAAUCUAUAUGAUCAGGCAGAGAAGUUGAGGUCUAAGGCACCACGUUUUGAAGCUCACUCAAACCAGCAGUUUUGUAGGUAUCUUUUCUACCUAGGUAAGAUUCAGACGAUUCAGUUUGAAUACACAGAUGCAAAAGAGAAUCUGCUGCAGGCUGCUCACAAAGGCCCUGUUGCUGCUAAGGGCUUUUGAAUUCAAUGUGAUAAGUGGGACUUCGAAUUCAAUGAGAAAUUCCUGAAAGGAAAAUAUUUGUGCACAAUGGAAUGGAGAAGGCUUUGAGGCCAUACUUUGAACUCACAAAUGCUGUUUGGAUUGGUGACUUGGAGCUCUUCAGAACUGUUGCCCAGAAGUUUUCUAGCACUUUCAGUACGGACAAAACACACAAUCUGAUCAUCCGAUUGUGACACAAUGUCAUCAGGACUGGAGUACGCAACAUCAGCAUCUCUUACUCACGCAUUUUGCUGGCUGAUGUUGCUGAAAAGUUGAGACUGAACUCAGCAAGUCUAGUUGCAUUUGCUGAAAGCAUUGUAACCAAGGCCAUCCAUGAUGGCACAAUUGAUGCCACAUUGGAUCAUGCAAAUGGUUGGAUGGUAUCAAAAGAGACUGGAGACAUUUAUUCUACAAAUGAACCUCAACUCGCCUUCAACUCCAAGAUUGCCUUCUGCCUUAACAUGCACAAUGAAGCUAUUUGUGCUUUGCUAUUUCCACCAAAUACACGGAAGGAGAAGGAAAGUGCAGUGAAAUUGAGAGAAAGACGACAGCAGGAACAAGAACUUGCAAAGCAUAUUGCGGAGGAUGAUGACGAGGAUGAUUUUUAAGGACAUGGACUCGUGAUUUCAGCCUUCAGAUAUGUAAUUCCCUGUCAUCUAUUGUUUCUUUUUCAGAAAGCUAGCUCAUAUUCGAAAUUCUGUGUGUAUCUUACUUUUUGAACUGAUAUUAAUGCAGAAUUUU